UCAUCCUGCUUCGCUUCCCCUGUUCUUCCAUUCCUUCUUCUUCUUCGUUGCGUGUUUGACCCUUCCUCUUUUCGCGGUAAUGGUCAGCGAAACGGGACGAUAAUCUCUGCCCAUUAUUGCUUUGCCCCCCCCCCCCCCGCGGAAACCAAAAGGGGGAAGAAAAUCUCGGAGAAAUUUUCCUAUCUUUGGUCUGAAUAUUCAUCUGGGUUCUUGAUUUUCAUGAUUCGUCGCCCGGCUUCCACGACGGGCCUUCUUCGACGAGGAAGUCGAGGUGGUGCUGCUGCUUCUUCUGCAAAUGGAACGGCUCUUCCCCUCGAAAGGCCAGCGUCGUCGCACGGUUCGUCGUCCAAGGAGUCAUAGGCGGAGCGGGGGCGAGCGUCCGCUUGCGUAGCGAGAACGGGGGACAUGGGCGACGGGAAAGAAGUUCGGAGGACCAGCAGUCCAAUGGAGAACGUCUCCCUGCGCCUCGAGAGGUUCCCGAGAGAUCUGCUUCAGAGAUUUACGUCGUCGUCGUCGAGCACGUCCGGCAGCGGUGCCGCGUCGCAGUCGCAGUCGCAGUCGCAGUCGCGCCCGUCGUCGGAGUACAGGACGCCGAACCAAGAAACGGAGGAGCUCGAGCUGAGCCUGGGGCUCUCGCUGGGGGGCCGAUUCGGGGUCGACAAGAGCUCCAAGAGGCUGACCAGAUCGUCCUCCAUUGCCGGGUCGUUCCCGCUGUUCAGGGAGGACGAUUCGGCGGCGAGGACGACGCCGCCCACGCCGUCUUACACGGCCCUGGUGAGGAGCAGCUCCCUCCCGACGGAGACGGAGGAGGAAUGGAGGAAGAGGAAGGAGCUGCAGACGCUGCGGCGGAUGGAGGCGAAGCGGAGGCGGUCGGAGAAGCAGCGGAGCGUGAAGGAUGAUAAGCUCGAGAUCGAGACCCAGGUGGGUGUUCCGGCUGCUAAACAAGGAUCAAGCGGCUGCAGCGAUGCAAGAAGCUCCCUUGGCAGUCAGACACUGCAACAGCGGGUUAGUCAGGACACCGUUGGUUCAUCCGGGGGAGUCUCGGUAGAACAGAUGACGAGCACCCAGGGACCCGAUUCUUCCGAGAGCAGGGGCAAGGAAACCAGCACCAGCACGAUGGAGGACAUGCCUUGUGUCUUCACGAAGGGUGAGGGUCCGAAUGGGCGGAGAGUCGAUGGGAUCCUCUACAAGUACGGGAAAGGGGAGGAAGUCCGGAUAAUGUGCGUGUGCCACGGGAGCUUCUACUCUCCGGCGGAGUUUGUGAAGCACGCCGGUGGAGGCGAGGUCGCUCAUCCUCUCAGGCAUAUUGUCAUAAACCCGAACCCAGGUCCUUUUCCGCGGUAAACUCUGUCGCUCAUCUGUUGCUUCAUAAGCACACCUUAAAAUUGGUUCGGGAGCAAGGGGAGGAUGCGGAGGAACUCGAAUGAAAAUAGGGCUUAUUCGAAGAUCGAGCAUGUUUCAUAUUGUUUACAAAUUUGAAAUGAUGCAUGAUCAAAUCUGUACAUUCACCAUAGAAGAAAUUGAUCUCGGAAUUCGGAUCUUGCGGCCCGGAAUCAUUUUGGUUAA